GGUAUUUAUGACAACAGAGUUAUAAUUUUUAUCCGGAUGUAACCACUCUAGUAGGAAGAUCUGUUCACUAGUACUUUUCCUUGUCAGUUGAAAAUGGCAGAACUAAAGGCUAGGGGUUCACCCAUUGACUAUAAUGUACAAGUGUCCAAUGAAAGAAUUUUAGCUGCUAUCAAAAACGAGAUUAUCCAAGAGAAAAGGUCUGAGCUUCUAGUGAGUUUAAAUCCUGACAGACAUGUGGAUUAUUUACGAUCAAAAUGUUUGUUAUCUGAGGAGGAUAUUGAGGAAAUAAGACAUCUGACAACACGUAAAAAACGAGCUAGUUUAUUUUUAGACACAAUCUUAAAAAAUGGACCAAAAGCUUACGACAAGCUGUGUGAAUCAUUAUUACAAGAAAGGACUCAAUUAUUUUUACUGGAAAUGUUAAACACAGAAUUCGAAAGGAGGAAAAAUUCCUAUAUUUCCCUAAUUCAACCAGAGGAGAAAGAAGAUUCCUCUUAUCUUCAAAUCAGUAAUGACCAUUUUUCACUUCCUAAACCAUCAUCUCGCAGACUUCCUGUGAUAGAGGUUGAUGAUCCUGAAUAGGAUUGUUAACAGUGGGAUAAUAAAACUAAACUGGUUGUGAAUGUUCUCUUUGAACUUCAGAAAUAAGACAUUUUCAAAAUCACUCUUCAUUUGUUCAGUACCAAUGUGAUGAGUUUCUCAGCAUUGAACAACUAUAUAGAAAUGGAUAGCUUUGAGAAAGAUGAUAAAAAAUGCACUUGUAUGUAUUUUGUUGAGAUUUCUUUUUAUAAAGAUAGCACAAAAAUAAAAGCCUUUAGAGCGCUCCAAAUUGAAUGUAUUUUCAAGAUCAAGGGCUCAUAAUAACUCAUUAACUC